GCGGGGCUUUAACGGCAAUUACAUAACCGAUUCCUCUACACUCAAGUAUUGACGCAUAACGUGCGCGUAUCAAUGAUCAUAACAAAGAGGGAAGCUGAAAAAGUCAAAUCACUGAUCAGAUUACGUGCGGAACUAUCACCGCUCUUCACGGGAAAAAGAAACGCUUCAAAAUAUGCUUGGGCUGUCGUCGAACGGGAGCUCAAUGUGCCGCUGCCACUGUCGAAGAUCAUCAAGAAAUGGAACAAUCUGCUGCAGGAAUACAAGGCGAUCAAAAUGUCCGAGGAGCCAAAGCGCCGCGAAUGGCCCUUCUUUACGCUCAUGGAUGUUUAUUUCAGCGAUCAGGUGAACGAUCCAUCACUGCGACUCUUCUCGUCAACCAAGACACUGAAGGAGACUCUCGACGACAGCGUGUUUGAGGAUGAUCCUAUCAUAGCAUCGGCGAUUGCCGCGGCCACUUCAGGUGCCUACAUGGACAUUGAUGAGCUCAUGCGGCGACAGAAGGAGCGCGCUGCUCUGGCAGCCGAGCGCAAAUUUGCUGCAGCAAGUGGCGCUGCUGCCGCCGGAGCCGACUACAAAUACGACCUAAAGCCCAUGCUGCCAAAUAACAACAGCAACAAAUUCAACAGCAACAGUGACAUGGUAAAGCUGUCCAAAAGUGUGGACGAUCUUUCCAUGCAGCAGUACAAGAUUAAGGAGGAGAUGCUGCGACAACGCGAGCAGGAGCAGCAGGAGAACAUGGCUAAGAUCAAGCAGCAUGCGCGCCAACAGCAACAACAGCAGCAGCAACAUCUCCAACACCAGCAGCAACAGCGCUUUCAUCACCAUCAGGCCACACAGCCGGCACUAUCGCCGCAUCCACAUCGCAUGCAACAGUCGGCAACACCACCGGGUCUGCAGCAUGCUUUGCAACAGCAGCAGCAACACUUGCUGCAGCAACAGCAGCAACACUUGCAGCAACAGCUGCAGCAGCACCAUCAGCAACAACAGCAGCAGCAGCAGCAGCAACAGCAUCACCUUGCACACCCACACCAGCCGCCCACGCCUAGGCCCAGUUCGCCACCCACCACCGCUCAACAGAUUCACAUUACGGCCACACAGCAUCAGGCGGCCCAGCAGCAUUUGCAUCAGCAGCAGCAGCACCAGAAGCAGCAGCAGCAACAUCAAACGUACACUGAUCCCAAUACCAUCGAUCAGUAUCUGUUGUCCUGGAACAAUUUCCAUGGCAACAUGUGUCGCGGCUUCCACUCACUGCAGAAGGACGAGAAGAUGGUUGAUGUGACCAUUGCGGCCGGUGGAAAAAUAUUUAAAGCUCACAAAUUGGUUUUGUCCGUUUGCAGUCCCUACUUCCAGCAAAUCUUUCUGGAAAACCCAUCAAGCCAUCCUAUAUUGCUGAUGGCUGAUGUCGAGGCUAGUCACAUGGCUGGCCUGCUCGAUUUCAUGUAUAGUGGACAGGUGAAUGUCAAAUAUGAGGAUCUGCCCGUCUUUCUCAAAGUGGCCGAGGCCAUGAAGAUCAAGGGUCUGCACACGGAGAAGAACCUGGACAGCGACUCGAGCGAUAUUAGCUCGCCCCAUGAGAGUGACGGUCCUGAGUGCCGUUAUGAGCGCGGCACUCACAGCGUCAACAUCACCAGCGGACAUGGCGGGUAUGGAGCACCACAACAGCCACUGGAGAACAAUCUCAAUGGGCCCAGCAAUAGAUGUCCCACGCCCCUGUCCAAUCCGAGCUAUGCCGGCUUCCGUGAGCACAUCAAGUCCAAGGCCACUUUGGCCGAAUCCUUCAUGAAGAAUCUCAAUCGCAAUAAUAACAACAGCAGCAGCAGCAGCAACUACAAUCAUCUCAGUAACAACAAUGGACCGUCCAAUAGUAACAGCUCGAGCAGCAACAACAAUACCAACACCAAUACCAACUUGCCCGACGCUGCUUUGGUUGCAGACAACUAUGCGAUACUGCAUGCCAACAGCAAGAAAAUGUUGGACUCGGCACGCAAGCAACACAAAUAUCUGGCCAAGCGCAAAAUCUUGAUGCACUAUAGCUCGGAACUGGGCAAUGCGAAGCGACUUAAGGAAAUGGAAAGCUAUGGCACCGAACACGACGAUGUUGUCAACAACAACAAUAAUAGCAGUGGCAACAACAGCCAAGACAUCUUGGAACCUAUCACCACAAUUGUGCCGCAGACACCGCCGCCACCACCAUUGACUCUGCCACCAGCAACACAUAAUAACAACAACUUCAAAAUACGCCUAGUAGAGAACCAUCAUUUGACCAACAGCAGCAGCUGCAGCGGUAACAGCAACAAGAAUGCCAGCAACAACAAUAAUAAUAGCAACAGCAGCAGCACCAGCAACUGCCAGAAUGACGGGGAAGAGGCAUUGAAUCUUGUACAGACCCCGAAUGCGAACAACAGCAGCAAAGGCGAUGGGAACAAGGCACGCGAGACGCCCACACCUGACAUACAAUUGGUGAAGCGUGAAAUCGAGCAGCCGGAGACGAACGCUUCGGCAUCGUCUGGAGAAGCGGCAGCGGAGCAGAAUAAUGGACACGAUGAGGAGCUUGCCGCCUACGAGCCCAAAUAUGACGAUAACAACAACAAUCGGGGCGACACGGAAACCGACUCGAACAACAACAACAGCAGCAGCAAGAAUGCCAGUGAGAACAACAGCAACAACAGCAGCAAACAGAAACUCUCACUCACUAAAAAUGUCGCUCUGAUCAAUGCCAUCAAUAUGAAUCAGCAGCGCAUCGAGGACAUGGCGGAUGCAGAGCACGGUAGUAACAACAACGCUGCCGGCAACGAUGCUGAUGAUGACGACAAUGAUGACAACAACAAUCAUAGCCAUCUGGAUCUGAGCACGAUCAAGAACAUAGCCACAGCGGAAAUCCUAUGCGGUCUCAAGAGCAAGGUGCUCAAGAUGGAGGAGGAGCAAAGGGAGCGGGAGCGCGAACGAGAACGGGAGCGUGAGGCAUGUCGCAAUAUGAGCGAAAUUAAGAACGCCGAUUGACGCAAGGCGGGCACAUGGAAGAGCCGAGGAUAUAAUACGAUCCAGCAAUAGGUUUUUUUGGGGCGGGCUAGUUUUGGGGCUUAAGUUUUCCUCUUCAUCCCAUUUGCAUUUGAUUCUAAACAUACUCGUACAUGCAUGCGGAACGGCGCAUAAGUUUGGUAAAAUAUAAAGGAUAUAUCUUUUAAUAAUA